GCAUAUUAUUAAACAAGAACUAUUACUACAUCAAUUUUUAUCCAGUCGACAGACAUCCAAUUAUCACAAUAAUAAAUUACAAAACAAUUACUAGUGGUCUAUUCUAUUUUAAUUUUUUUUUUCUUUUUGUGAACAAAACAAUUCCAUUAUUAUUAUUAGUAGUAGUAUUAUAUUCAAUGUUUAUGUGACUAGUAUUUACUGUUUGACAUUGAUCAAUUUUCAUUUUUUUACUUAUAACAAUGGAAAAUGUAAAUACUGAUAAAAUUUAUGAUGAAGAAUUGAAAACCACAACAACCACAACACCAACAACAACGACAAUCAUAGAAAAUAUUCAUAAUAACAUUACACUAUCACUAGUAACAGUGGAUAAAAAAACCACAGAGAGUAAUAAUCCUAUUACGGAUGCUGUUUGGACUGAAAAAGAACAAAGAGUAACAGUGAUUAUAGCUGUGUCGUUAGUAGCUAUUAUCACAAUAUGUGUGAGUUUAUUUAUUCUACGAACAUUGAAAAAGAAAUCAAAUAAAAAAGUUAGUAGACUUCCGAAUACGAACCAAAAGAAAACAUCUCAAUCUGACAAAGCUAAUAAAGUAGAAUGGAAAGGAAAUUAUUCGCCCAUAAUUAGUGUCAACCAUAGUGAACCUAAAUGUGAUAUGCAGCAACAAUCGACAACAGGUCACCCCUCUGAUAGGAUUAGAAAAGUCCCGACACGAAACCCCGAAAACAAGAAAUGGUAUGACUCGACAGCAAUUCCAUUUAUGGAUGAUGUCUCUUCAUCGAUGGACACCCUAAACACAGGUCAACUUAAAAACCAACAAACAUGAUUAAAUGUAUAUAUCUUCGACGUGUAAAGAUAACUAAUAAUAAAUUUUAAUGUGUGA